UGAACUCGAUAUUGAGUUUCAGAAUUUCAGAACCAUCAUGCAAACUGCUCUCGUGUUGGCACUUGUCUGCGUUGGAGCCCAUGCUCAAUUCUCGGAAGGAGGCAAACAGUCCAUGGUAAAUGCUCACAACGCUGUCAGAUCAAGCAUUGCAAAAGGAGAGUAUGUUGCGAAGGGAACCAAGAAGGAUAGUGCUACCAAUAUGUUGAAGAUGAAAUGGGACAACUCUCUCGCACAAUCCGCUCAAAACUACGCUAACGGAUGUCCAAUGCAACAUUCCCCCGAUAAAUCUUACGGAGAAAACCUUUUCUGGGCAUAUAGCUCGUCGCCAAUCACUGACCUCGAUAAAUACGUACAGAGCGCCGUUGACACUUGGGUAAGCGAGUUCCAAAUGUUCGGAUGGAACUCUAAUAAAUUCACAACUGCACUUUGGAACACUGGAAUCGGACAUGCUACUCAAGUGGCCUGGAGUGCAACUGGUCAAGUUGGAUGUGGAGCAAAAAACUGUGGAGCUGAUUCUGUCAGAGUUGGAUCCUACAAGGCCACAAUUGUAUGCCAGUACAAAGUUCCAGGAAACUACUUGUUCAAGAACAUUUACAACAGCGGAGCCAAAUGCUCAGCCUGUCCAGCUGGAACCAGUUGCGAGCAAUCUUCCGGACUUUGCGCAUAAAUUUUUCGAUAUAUAUUAAUGGUGUAGUAAAUGAAUUAAUUUCUCCAAA